UAUUCAACCGUACAAUUUAACAUUUCACGUUGACGACACUUUAAUCGCUAGAACAAGCUAGUUGCGGGAAAAUGAUCGAUCCUUCCAAAAAAUCUAAAAAAGGAGAAAGAAAGAUAAAAGGAAGUAAAAGAAAAGGAGAGUGCAGCGAUCAACGGAUCGGCCGAACAUCGCGGUUCGUAUAGUAGUACCAGUCUGCGCCGAGCGUCCGAUUGGUUAAGUUGUGUUCGCGGCAUAGCGAAGCGUUUAUAUAAAUGGCGCGUGCGACCUUUGCGCGGCUUUAAUUAUGACUCAUUGUGCUGACUACACACAUUCAGCCGGCUUUUCUCUUUCAUCGGGGGAGACCUCGCCCCGGGCAGUGCGCGUUCUAAUGCAUUUGGUCUCGGCGUGUACGACGACGUCUGACAAACUCACACAUAAUCCCGAGAAGGGUCUAGAGACUCGACGAGGUUCGACUCGAAAGUUCACUGCACGUCUCAUCGCCUUGGUCUCUCGGCCUCGGGAAAUUUUCGCGGCGCCUAAGAAUUUCAUCUACGCGCGCCGACUGAUCGCAAGAGUCCCGUGUCUGCUCCGAAGUUAACUUCCCAUCGAAGAAGAGGGAAUCGUCGAUCGUGUAGAAACGAGGGGACACGGUCAAUUAUCCUGCAAGAUUAAUAAACUGGUCUCGUUGUCUGCCUCGGAAUGCGACGUCGGAAGGAACAUAAUGAAGCGGAACGUAAUUAUAGCAAUACGAGUGUAGCGGAAAAUACACGCAUAUGAUGGAAAAUAAUUAAAGAUCGAAAAGAUUCCCAUCGAGAAGCAUCAUCAUGAUAAAUGACGAUCAAAAAGAAUAUCCAAAAAAUCCGCGUCAAAAUGCGAAUGUCAUCUCUCUCCUCACUUAUUGGUGGACUCGAAAAAUUUUCCGAGUUGGCUACAAGAAGGAACUGGAGGAGACCGAUCUUUACGCUACCCUUACGCAGGAUAGAACAAGCUAUUUAGGUGAGAUCAUUGCUAAAGCUUGGGAGGCAGAAGUGGAAUCAUGCGCGAGAAGAAAUGAAUCGAGCAAUAAGAAGAAGAACAGCUUCAAGCCGCAAUUAAUCAGAGUACUAGUGCGCUGCUUUGGAAAACCAUACUUGCUGAUCGGGAUAGCGGAAGCGAUUAUGGAAUUAUUCUCCAGAAUAUAUCAGCCAUUGUUGCUUGCUACUUUGCUACGUUACUUUGAAAAGAGCAAAGAAGAAUGGAGCGACGAAGUCUAUUACUGCGCGGCUGGUAUAAUUGUGCUGUCUAUUGUUGACGCUUUUAUUACACAUUAUAGCAUACACUACACUAUGCACAUAGGAUUAAAAAUCAAAAUCGCUUGUACUGCACUCGUUUACCAAAAGAUAUUAAGACUCUCCAGUUCCGUGCUGGAUAACGAGACGUCCGUUGGGCAGAUGGUAAAUUUUCUGAGUAGCGACAUUACUAGAUUGGAAAUGUCGUUGAUUGAUCUGCACUACAUUUGGAUCUCCCCCAUUCAAAUGAUGAUGAUUAUUUAUUUCAUAUUCCCCGUGGUUGGAUGGGCAGGCGUAUUGGGAAUAACUGUACUUUUGCUAUUUAUACCUUUUCAAGUGUUCUUGGCGAAGAAGAUCACACCUCUGACGAUUAAAACGGCAGAGAGAUCGGACAACAGACUCAGAUUGAUGAGUCAAGUAAUCGCCGGCUUACAGGUGAUAAAAAUGUACGUUUGGGAAAUUCCCUUCGCCAAUCUCGUGGAAAGGGCGAGAAAACGCGAGAUGGGCGUGAUAAAAAAAUUUUCUAUCCUGAAGCAAAUGGCACUCACUCUCGACUGCUACGUGCCACGACUCUGCGUCUUCGUUACGAUAUUCUCGUACGUGCUGCUCGGGAAUUUUAUCAAUGCCGAGAAAGUGUAUCUAGCAACGGCGUACUUCAACGUGUUACGGAACUCGAUGAUCUUUGGAUUCGCAAUGGGUCUUCACCAGUUAGUACAAGUACUGGUGUGUUGUCGCCGUUUACAAAAAUUCAUGACUCACGCCGAGAUCAUGAAAACGGCGGAGGAGCCGUGCCAAACAACCAAGAACUCGUUUGCACUUCGUAUGACCGAUGUCAAUGCCAAGUGGCAGGAUGAUGCCAAGGAGGACACGUUACGCAAGGUGAACUUAACCGUGCUGCCAGGGAGCCUCGUGAUCAUCGUCGGCUCGGUGGGUUCGGGCAAGAGUAGCCUUUUGCACGCGAUACUUCGGGAACUGCCGUUGGCGAGUGGAAGCAUCGAGAGUCAUGGGAGGAUAAACUACGUCAGCCAACAGCCGUGGAUCUUUGCCUCCUCCGUCAAGCAGAACAUCCUGUUCGGUCAGGCGAUGGAUAAGUCGCGUUACGACCGGGUAAUUAGAAUCUGCCAGAUGGAAUCAGACAUCAGAUCGUUCAAUCACGGUGAUCGCACCAUCGUGGGUGAGAGAGGGAUCAACCUGAGUGGUGGUCAACGCGCUAGGAUUAAUUUGGCUCGGGCGAUCUACAAGGAUGCCGAUAUCUACCUGAUGGACGACCCACUCUCCGCCGUGGAUUCCCAUGUCAGCAGACAUAUCGUAGAUGAGUGUAUCUGCGGCUACCUCAAGGAGAAAACAAGGAUCUUGGUGACGCAUCAGCUACAGUAUUUGCCAUUCGCCGACCAGAUUAUCGUGAUGAACAACGGUAGUAUCGAGCAGAUGGGCACUUUCAACGAACUGCAAGCCAUGGGUCUGGACUUCAUGAAGUUACUGAAAACGAUAGACGCGGAAGAUGAGAAGACUCAAGCGAGAAAGCCCCAAAUGACACAGCGGCAGAUGUCAACGCACGAGAUCAGCACGAGCGACGACGCAAACUUGGCCGACUCACCGGUCGAAAUGCGCGAAGCGAUGGCGAAAGGUCGCAUGUCUAGUCGGGUGUUCUUCGCUUACUUUAAAGCGAACAAGAAACCUUUCAUGAGCGUAUUGAUGUUGCUGAUCUUCCUAGUGAAUCAGAUAAUAUCCAGUGGUAGUGAUUACUUCAUUGCGUUCUGGGUGAACAUAGAAUCGAACUCGUGGCGUGAGACCGACAAUGGUACGAUGGCGUUCCUCUGGCAGGGUCCGUUCUCGCGCGACGUCACGAUCUACACUUACACCACAAUGAUCGCGAUCAUCAUACUGCUGUGGAAUUUCCAAACGAUCGUGUAUUUCAACGUGUGCAUGUGGUCCUCGGUGAAUCUGCAUUCCAACAUGUUCCGCAGCAUAUUACGGGCCACCAUGUACUUUUACAACACCAAUCCAGCUGGUCGCAUAUUAAACAGGUUCGCCAGGGAUAUUAAUAUCGUCGAUCUGAUGUUGUCAAUGUGUAUAUUCGACAUUAUAAUCAUCGGACUCGGUUUAAUCUCUGUGGUAUUGAUGGUAGUAGCUAUUACCCCAUGGUUGGCUAUACCUACUGUGGUUUGUCUCUGCAUCUUCAUCGCUUUCCGUACGGUAUACAUCUGCACUAGUCGUGCUGUUAAACGUCUGGAAGGGAUAACUCGUUCACCGAUCUUCGAUCAUCUUGGAGCGUCUCUGCAAGGUUUAACGACGAUCAGAGCAUUCCACGCCGAGGAGAUAUUAGUGUCGGACUUGUGCAGACAUCAGGACCUUAAUUCGUCCGCGUGCUACCUCUUCUUAGCCACUUCUCGAACUUUCGGCUUCUACAUUGAUAUAAUAUGCCAACUUUACAUCGGCGUGAUAAUCAUAGCUUUCACCAUGUUCGACUUGGCUAUGGUAGGCAACAUCGGCCUGAUUCUCACGCAGAUCAUGUCACUGACGAACACAUUGCAAUGGGGAAUCCGGCAAACGGCCGAACUGGAGAGUCAUUUGACAUCAAUCGAGAGGAUCCUCGAGUACAGCCACUUGGAAGAAGAGCCCAUGAUAGACAGCAAACCGGAGACCAAGCCGCCAGACAACUGGCCGACGAAGGGCUUCGUAGAGUUUAAGGAGAUGAAACUAAGGUACAGUCGUGAAGGCGCUUAUGUGCUGCGGGACAUCAACUUCGUCGUAUCGGCUGAGGAGAAGAUCGGUAUCGUCGGUAGAACCGGUGCGGGCAAGUCAUCCUUGAUCAACGCUCUCUUCCGUUUGGCCUACAUCGAAGGAGAGAUAUUCAUAGACGGCGUCUCCACAGGCGCAAUCGCCUUGCACGAUUUCCGCUCGAAGAUUAGUAUUAUUCCUCAGGAACCGUUCCUUUUCACCGGUAGUCUGCGACGAAAUCUCGACCCGUUCGACCGGUAUUCCGACGCGAUGCUAUGGCAGGCGCUCGAAGACGUCGAAUUGAAGGAUACAAUCUCCGACUUGGCCGCAGGAUUGGAUACCAAAGUCUCCGACGAGGGUUCGAAUUUCAGCGUCGGUCAGAGACAGCUACUAUGCCUCGCACGUGCAAUUAUCAAGAACAACAGAAUCAUGGUGCUUGAUGAAGCGACUGCCAAUAUUGAUCCGUAUACUGAUUCUCUCAUACAAAAGACAGUUAGAACAAAAUUUAUAAACUGCACUGUGUUCACUAUUGCUCACCGAUUAAAUACUAUCAUGGACAGCGAUAGGAUAUUCGUAAUGGAUGCUGGGCAUCUCGUGGAAUUUGAUCAUCCGUACAUUCUUUUGCAACAGAAAGGUCGUUUUUAUAACAUGGUACAACAAACCGGUGCUGUAAUGGCCGAAAAUCUUACGGAUAUAGCCACAAAAAGUUUCUAUGAGAAGAAUAUGCUAUCACCCAGAUAACUAUAGCUUUUAACUAAGUGUCAAAUUUCCUGGAAUAUCGUUUCAUCGUUUCAUCGUGAGCAUACCGUGUAAUUUGUCGCAUAUUACAUAUGCGAGAGAUUUACUCUUUAUAAUAUAGUGAAAUAUUUGUUUAUGAAUAUAAUUUUAUUUAUGUUUUUCAUCCAUUUUUAUAUGGCAAAAUUUAUACAAUUUUAAAUUUAGUAAAGUGAUAAUAGAUAUGUAAUAUACGUAUUUAUUGCGCAAAAGAGCUAGAAAGAAUAAAAUUUAUU